UUAAUCUACGCUGCAAAAUCUUCGGAAUGCGUCCGCGAGUGGUGAAGUUCUUACUCGCCGGUCGCCUGCCUUACGGAAUCGGUCUACAGUUGCAGAAGACCUUGGCCGAUCACCAUCACAAGCGUCUGAGCGAGCCGGCGAACACGCUGGUGGUGCUAGAACAUGAACCGGUAUAUACGGUGGGAAUACGGAACAAAGGAUACACGGAAGAAGAUGAGAGGAAGCUUAGGAGCCUAGGCGCGGACUUCUGGAGAACAGAUCGCGGCGGGCUGAUCACCUUCCAUGGCCCCGGGCAACUGGUAGCCUACCCGGUGCUCGACCUGAAGCAAUUCCGCACUAGCGUCAGGUGGUACGUGCAGCAGGUGGAGCGUAUGGUGAUCCGCGUGUGCGCCGAGCUCGGCAUCAAAGCCGAGACCUCACCAGACACUGGAGUCUGGGUCGGCGACCGCAAGAUCUGUGCCAUAGGCAUCCACGGUAGCCGCUACGUCACCACCCACGGCCUCGCGCUCAACUGCAACACCGAUCUCAGGUGGUUCGACCACAUCGUACCAUGUGGCAUCGAGGGUAAAGGCGUGACUAGCGUCUCCAAGGAACUGGACAUGGAGGUGACGGUGAACGACAUACUGCCAAUCUUGAAGAACGCCUUCAGCGACGAAUUCGAGUGCGACCUGAUCGAGUUCCCGGCCGGCGAGGCGUCGCAGCUGCUGCGAGACAUACGCCGCAGUGUUUUACAAAAAGUAUGAUAAUUAUAAUAAUCAAAUGAAUUUUAGAAAAAUAAAGAGAUGUUUUAAGAAA